AUGCUCAGAGCGAACCGCUCAAUCAGCGCGCAAGUAGCACGCAGCACGCGGAGUUACGCUUCCAGCUCCGCGAAGCCAGCUCGCCCAAUACGCAGAUUCAUCGUCACAACCGCACUCGUUACCGGAGCUUUCUAUGGUGGCAGCUCCUACUACGCUCUCCAGGACCCGCCAUAUGCUGAGUUCUUCACGGCGACGUUCCCGGGCGCCCACCACGUCCUCGAAGCCAUCGAAGACGCAAACCUCAAGGACAGAAUAGACAAUAUCGACUACGACGCUAUUAGAGCACAGGCUGCUCACGCUACUGAAGUGAGCAAGGACGCCUACGCGCGUCUCCACGCUUUGGUGGAUAAAUAUGCCAACAAGGCAGACCACGCCAAGGACGCGGCAAAGGAGACAGCGCAGUCGACUAAAGAGGAUGCUGAUGAGAGUCUCUAUGUUGACUCUGGUCUCGUCAACAAGGCCAAGGACGUAAUGAAUGAAACCGUCGAUAAGGCCAAGGAUGGCGUCGAGAGCGCCGGCGAGAAGGCAAGCGAAGUCGCCCACAAAGCUGAAGAAAAGCUUGAAGACUUGGGCAACAAAGCUGAGAAGGCUGGCGAGAAGGUCGUUGAUACGGUCGAUGAUCCCAAUGCUGGUGGUUUGACAGCGGAUGGAAAGAAGAUCUACACUGGUCCACCUCUCCCAAUUGGUCACUCUUUGCCUGAUGGAUACGUCUAUCCACCCAAAAAGGCAACUCCAGUACCUCCACCUAAGCAAGAGCAGAGCAAGCCAGUCGAGUCUAUCCCUCUCCUUGCACCAUCUGUGAAAGAUUUGUCUGCAUCUGAACCAAUCGUCUCUCAGCUCGCUGAGACUAUCGACAACCUCUCAAAAUUCAUCCAAGACACUCCACAUGCCGCCGGCUCCGUGAAGGAUGUCAUAAACACCGCCCAGGGCGAUCUCUCAGCACUCGGACAGCGUCUCGAAGCGGUGAAGGAAGAAGAGAAGAGAAAGUUGGAGAGCAGUCUCGACGCCCAAGCCAAGGAGUAUUCUAAGAUGCUGAUCGAACACGAGAGACACAUCCAAAACCGCGUCGACUCACAUGAGCAAGACUGGCGUGAUCAAUUUGAUGUCGAGCGCAAAACGAUAGCUGAGUCAUUCAAGAAGAAGUUAUCGGAGGAGCUCGCGACACAGUCGGAGAUCAUCAACCAGAGACUACGCGAACAGGUUGUUGCGCAGGGUGUCGAAAUGCAGAGACGCUGGCUCCGCGAUAUCAAAUUCAAAGUCGAGCAAGAACGUGGUGGACGAUUGGCCAAGUUGGAGUCACUCGCUGAUGACGUCAAGAACCUCGAGCGCGUCACAUACGACAACGCUGACUACGUAGAUGAUAAUGUUAGAGUACAUACACUGUGGUCGACUUACAGAGCUCUCGAGAGGGCUGUCGUAGGGAAGCUCUCGUUGACCGAAGUUAGCGAUGAGAAAAAGCCAUUCAGAAAGGAGCUUGACGCGCUGGCCAAGGUUGCCAAAGAUAGCUCACAAGAUGGCGCUGGUGGAGCAGUUGUUGAAGCUGCAUUGGAGCCACUCACCCAGUCUAAGAUUCCAGACCAGGGUGUUGAAAGCGUCGGUGACCUCUCAGACUGGUACAGACAAUCGAUAGAACCAAAAGUAAGAAGAGUUGCAUUGGCACCUGAAGUAGGUGCUGGACCGCUUUCCAUUGCAGUGUCAUCUGUCAUGUCUUCAUUGUUGCUUUUUAAAAAGCAGGGUUUGGUUGAAGGUAGUGAUGUUGCUUCGGUGCUGUCGCGCGCAGAUUACUACCUCUCGCAAAAGAAUCUAGACAUGGCUGCACGCGAGUUGAACCAGUUAACGGGAUGGCCAAAGACCCUUCUCACCGACUGGCUCAACGAGGCGCGUAAGACUUUGCACGUACAGCAGACACUUGACGUAAUUGAAACGGAAGCUACACUCGCAUCUCUCCUUGUCAUCUAG